UUAAGUUUUGUAUAAAACAUCUGUGACAUCUCAAUGGAAACUCAAAAGAAGAUUUGUUGUUUAAUAUAUGUAGAUUGGUUAUUAAACGCACAAUAUCACCAGAAAUGAAAUAUUUCGCUGUUGCAUUAGCGUUGUUUCUUUUAUUGGCCAUCACAUUCGUUGACUGCCAAAACAAAUCUCCGCAAGUUGGCAAGCCCCAGUUUAGUUUACAAGGCGGCGGAGGAGGAAAAAAUCAUCGCAAUUUUCAAGCUGGAUUCAAUGCAGGAGUUGGAACAAGAGUAUGGCAGAGUAAAAAGAAGGAUAUGAGUCUGGAUGUUGGCGCCAAUUAUGGAAGAGGAUACGCACGAAUGGACGGACACACAUUCAAAUCUAAACCUCAAUAUGGUGUGGGAGCCUCCUUCAAAUGGGGAAAGAAAUAACAUGGAGUAGACAAGUUCAUUGAUUGUUUCUUACAGUGCAAUAUUCUGUAAAUAUAUUGUUAUGGAUUAAAGAUUAUUUUUGUAAUAAACGUUGAAAGUCGA